AAUUUCUAAAACCACCUCCCCCUCUCAUCUUCAACGGUCAAAUAUUCAAAAUUUCAUCAUCUUCAUCAAUCAAAAAACACCUUCCAUGCCUUGAAUUUUUUUUUUAAUAUAUAUCUUAAUUAUUUCUUAGCUCUUUUUUCUUCAUUUGAAACUUGAAUGUUGAACAAACUUGCCCGUGCGACACAACCCAGACCUUCUCUCUAUCUCUAUAUAUAAAUAUAUAUUUCUUUCUAACAAGAAAAUAUUACCAAAAAUUACAACACAGCAAGAACAAGACCCUUUCUUUGCUUUCUCGACUACUAUUCAAUUUCAUUAUGAUUUCUACCUGGAUGAGGAGGAGGGCGACCCGGCGAGCUGCCGAGAAGCAGCGGCUAGAGAGGGAAAACGGCAUCGACAUGGAGCUGGCCAUACCGAAAGAUUUUCGCUGCCCGAUAUCAUUGGAUUUGAUGAAGGAUCCGGUGACUUUGUCUACUGGCAUUACUUAUGAUCGUGAGAGUAUAGAGAAGUGGAUAGAGGCUGGGAACGAAACUUGCCCCAUUACCAAUCAGGUUUUGAGGAGUCUUGAGCCUAUACCAAAUCAUACCAUACGUAAAAUGAUACAAAAUUGGUGCGUGGAGAACAGAUCUUAUGGGAUUGAAAGGAUUCCUACGCCUAGAAUUCCUGUGAGUUCUGUGGAUGUUUUGGAAAUUCAGGCCAAUAUUACUGCAGCAGCUUGUAAAGGAGGGGAUGCUGUUGGAUGCAAAAACUCGGUGGCUAAGAUCAAGACUCUGAUAAAGGAAAGCGAAAGAAACAAGCGAUGCUUUGUGAGUAAUGGGACGGGUAGUGUAUUAUCAGCUGCUUUUGAAGAGUUCUCCAGAGUUUCUUUCAGGGAAAAUGCUGCGGUUUUGGAGGAAAUAUUGUCUAGUUUGACAUUAAUGUUCCCUCUUGAUGGAGAGGCCAAGAGUUACCUUAGCUCGGCAACUUCCAUGGAUUGUUUAGUCUGGUUCCUGAAGGGUGGAGACUUAUCUGGGAGAAGAAACGCAGUUUUGGUGAUUAAAGAGCUUGUUUCAUCGGAUAAAAAGAAAAUCGAUUUCUUAUCAGCAACUGAAGGAGCCAUAGAAGGAUUAUUUAAGCUGAUCAAGGAACCCAUUUGCCCUACUGCAACAAAAGCUUCUCUGCUGGCCAUUUAUCACAUGGUCACAUCAACUCCUACAAAUGUGAAGGUUAUUACCAAAUUCAUAGACAUGGGUUUGAUCUCAUUGCUGAUAGAGAUGAUCGUAGAUGCCGAAAGAAGCAUAUGCGAGAAAGGGUUGGGUGUUCUUGAUGGAAUCUGUAGCUGUGAUCAAGGGAGAGAGAAGAUGAAUGAUCAUUUUCUAACAAUCCCAGUUCUAGUCAAGAAAAUUCACAGAGUUUCAGACUUGGCAACGGAGUUCUCUGUCUCCAUUUUAUGGAAGCUUUGCAAGGCUGAGAAGAGGCAAGAGGGAGGCGUUCUUCUUGAGGCACUUCAAGUGGGUGCUUUUCAAAAGCUCUUGUUGCUCUUGCAGGUUGGUUGCGGGGAGAGAACGAAGGAGAAAGCAACUGAGUUAUUGAAGAUGUUGAAUCCUCACAGGGUGAAAUUGGAGUGUAUUGAUUCUUCAGAUUUGAAGGAACUGAAAAGGCCCUUUUGAAUCAAAUUGACGGCACCAUUUUGAACCAAUUUUACCAAGAAGGUUAAAAUCUCUUUGAUUUUAAUUGAUGUUCCACGUAAAGAAAAAGAAAAAUUACAUACAUAUUCCAUUGCAGAUAUUGCCUAUCAAAUAAUGGUUUCUUGCA